CCCCCUCAUACCCUCAGCUCCCUCCCAUCCCUUUCUAUAUGUUGUGUGCUUGAAAGCAAAAGGAGUCAUAACAACUUUGCACAAGACAUUCAACUGCGGGUCAUAACAGUCUAUGGACAGACAAUGGGUCUGUGGACACUUCUUCUGCAGUUACACCUCGUGUUUGGUGUUUCUCUCACACCACCUUCCGAUGUUUCCAUCUCGUCCUUCAACAUGGAGCAUACACUCAACUUCCUGCCAGGUCCUGGGACCCCCUCCGACACACACUUCACCGUCCAAAUUGUCAACGACAGGAAGAACUUGUGGAGACCAGUGGUGGGUUGUUUGGAGCUGACAGCUGGACAGAUGUGCAACCUAACCAGAGUGUUCACUGACCCGUACACUCGCUACAAAGCCCGAGUCCAAGCCUUCACAACCACCCAGACAUCUAGCUGGACCGAAUCAGGCGGGUUCCAGCCUAUGUCAGACACUGUGCUGGGACCUCUUGAUGUGUCUGUGUCUGGCUGUGGGAACUGUUUGAUCCUGCAGCUCAAACCUCCUGCAACAAAGGGCCUCCAGUGUAACCUGCAGCUGGAGAAUCUAUACAAAGCAGUGAUCCUGCAUGUGCGAAGGACCAGGGAUGGGGCACAGUUCAGACUGAAUCUGCCGUACAGUGAAGAGAAAGUGAUCAUGUACCUGCAGCCAGGUGUAGAGUAUUGUGUGAGCAUCUCUGUGACAGCACUCUUCAACUCCAACCAUGUCGCCAGUAAACCUCACUGUGCAUUCACCAGCCAUCCUCCAUCCAGAAGCUCAUUGUAUUUGCUUGUCGGCCUGCUGGGUUUUUUUUGUAUACUGGGCUUCCUCAUCACUGGAUUGGUUGUUAAUGGUGGUCAGCGGAGCUUCACAAUACUAAGACAACACCUAUCCACAUCUCUGUCAUACACAAGUACAUCAUGAAGGGCCCGAGGAGCAGCUGUGAGAGGGAGAGGAAGCCUAGGAACUGGCACUAUCCCUCAAGAUCAGAGGAGCUUGAUUGGGCCAACUGGUUUUAGAGCUGGCCGAAGCUCUGAGAGAAAAAUCUCUGGUUAAGCAUAAAAGUGAAAAGUUUUUGCAAAUUGUUAUAAUACUGUCUUUAUGUCAGUAUUUCAAAUUUUUCUGACUCUAAAUGUAAUAAAAGUGAAUGAAGUCAUUGUAAUUUGAAACACUUUAAAACUCAAAGAAUACUUGGAUCGCAUGAUCAUUGAUCACAUUCAUAAAUACCUUAACUUAUGAAUGAUACUUGAUCUUAGCAAGAAGAUUAUAUAUUAAUAACCACAAUUGAGUUGUACUCAUACAUGAGUUUAGAGUAAUAAUGCAAAAAAAGUAAAAAUACGCAAACUGUACAGAAUAUAUUUUGAAUCCUGCUGUCCAGCCUCUUCUCUACCAGAUGAGCAAAGUGGUACUUUUUCAUUAUUUCUUCACAUGGUUACUGGUUUUAUUAACAAGCUGUUGUACUAUACGAUGAGAAUAUGCCAUUUGAUGACAUUCAUAUUUCAUAUGCCUCUUUUAGGUUUUCAUUAAAGAAUUUUCAUUAAAAUGAAAGCAUGUUGACAAA